UAUUGUUGUCUAUCAGAGGGUUUUAUUCACGUCAAAGUAGUAAAGAUUGAAAUAAUUUCAUUAACAAUUUACUUCUUGGCUGUAACUGUUACAUGUGGACAGGUUUUUAAAUGUCAAGAGUUCGUGAAUCUUUAUUUCUCUAAAGUUACGAUACACAGUGCUUGUGUUCAAAUCGAUCAACACAAAAAUGUUGAGUUUUGCUGGUGUUUUGGCGCUUCUGGCAAUUGGAAUAUUGGCAAUAGUGGUUGCAACUCCGGCAAAAUCGACAACUGGAAAGUCUCAAUCAAACGACCGUGGUCCUGAUUCGUGUUCCCCUGUCAUUAUAGCGCACCGAGGCGCAAGCGGCUAUGCACCGGAACACACACUUGGUUCUUACGCAUUAGCAAUCACGAUGGGCGCUGAUUACGUUGAACCUGACCUUGUGAUGACUAAGGACGGACAGCUGAUAUCAAGACACGACAAUGAAUUGGGAUUGACAACAGACGUCGCUAAUCGCACAGAGUUUGCAGACCGUUACCGGACACAAACAAUUGACAGUAACGCAGUGAGUGGUUGGUUUACUGAAGAUUUUACCUUAGCGGAAAUCAAAUCUUUGAGAGCAAUCGAACGGAUCCCAGAUACAAGACCAGGUAAUGCACGAAUGGACGGUGCGUUUCAAGUGUUAACAUUUCAGGAAAUCAUUGAUCUGGUAAAAAGUUUACAAAUCAGCCAACGGAGAACUAUCGGUAUUUAUCCCGAGAUCAAACAUAGUAGCCAUUUCAAAACGUUAGGAUUACCAAUGGAAGAGCUAGUUGUUAACACUUUUCAUCAGAAUGGAUACCGUGAUUCUGAUGCUCCAGUUUAUAUUCAAUCAUUUGAAAUAAAUAAUUUAAAAGAACUUAAGAGAAUUACAAAUCUCAGACUGUUGCAGCUAUAUGACAGCAAAUCUCUACAACCUGCUGACCAAGUUUUGCUUGGCGCUGAUAUUACUUAUGGCAACAUGUCCACACCAGAAGGACUAGCAGAAGUUGCAAAAUACGCAUCUGCAGUAGGACCUGACAAAAGCUAUAUUAUUCCCCGCAAUGAAGAUAACAGCUUAGGAGACCCAACAAGCUUUGUCGCUGAUGCUCAUGCCGUUGGGCUAAAAGUGCACCCUUAUACAUUUCGUGCUGAAAACACGUUCCUUCCUAAAGAAUUCCAAAGCGACAACCCUUUGAAAGAAGCCAGAGGAGAUUUGACAGGGGAGCUGCAAAAGUUUGUUGAAGCUGGAAUCGAUGGUCUUUUUUCAGAUCAACCUGAUAUAGCAUUGCGUUUUCGCGGACCUUGUUUGUGAUAAUGAUAAAUGAUAAGAGCUAGUGGUAUUGCAGAUGUAGUAUAAUACAGAUAAAAGUCCACCUAUUGAAAUAUAAGAGAAUAUAAACCACCUAAUGAAAUUAAAAAUUUGUUACAAAAUAUUUGAAACUUUAACAUUGGAACAAACUUUUAUCAAUGAAUAAUUAUUUAUAACCUAUUUUCAACUACAGAAUAGUGUAAUCAGACAUUCAGUAAGUUGUGAGAUAAGAACUAAGAUAAAAAUAACAAAUCAUGUUUUUAGGAAAUUUUGUAAUUAGGAUUUGAAAGUUAUAAUUAAUUAUUUAUAAUAAGAUAACAUAGCUUAUUUGAUAGCAAAUAUUUUUCAUAAUUAAUAACUAAAAAUGAUGGACGGACGCUUGUUU